AUGUCGCUUAACACUCUACUCCUCUCUCUCCUCCUCCUCGUCUCCUUCUCCACCAUCGCCUUAUCUGAAGAAGACUGCGUGUACACGCUGUACAUAAGAACAGGGUCCAUCUUCAAAGGUGGGACGGACUCGAUCAUAAGCGUUAGAUUCUACGACAUGUAUGGUGAUUACGUGGGGAUCUCCAAUAUUGAAGCAUGGGGAGGGCUGAUGGAGCCAGGUCACGACUACUUCGAGAGGCACAAUUUAGACAUUUUCAGUGGGAGAGCACCAUGUUUGAGGUCACCAGUGUGUGCCUUGAAUUUAACCUCUGAUGGGACAGGUUCAGGUCAUGGGUGGUAUGUUAACUACGUAGAGGUGACCAAAACUGGAGUCCACGCCACUUGUUCACAGAUGAAAUUUACUAUUGAGCAGUGGCUGGCUCUUGAUACUUCACCUUACGAGUUAACUGCUAUUAGGAAUUAUUGUGAUUAUCAUAUGGAUGAUCGGGCUAAAAAAUCUGCUGGUUUGAGUUCUUCUUAG